CGCUCCAUCACCAACACGCCUGCACUGUCCACACAACAACACCACGCCCGCCGUAACUGUGCACCCAUAUAGCUUACGUCAUGGCUUCUUUUGGUGGCGCCGGUCUUGGACAGAAGGUCAUCAGGCCCAAUCCUCCUGAGCGCGGCUCUUUCCCGCUCGAUCAUGAUGGCGAGUGCAAGGACAUCAUGCUAUCCUACCUCAGGUGUAUCAAAUCCCACCGUGGGACCAACGACUCUGAAUGUCGCAAUCUUUCAAAGUCAUACCUGUCCUGUCGGAUGGAUCGGUACGUACCGGAUCUACCUUUCUUUCCAUACAGCCAUGUCUAGUCGCGACGAUCAUUCUGUGCUCGAUACGGCUCCACAGUCAAAAGCAAGGGAGAAAAGAAGCUUGUGAUACCGACCUGUCAAAAAGUUCGAACCAGGUCUUUGGGAAUAUCUGCAGUGAAGCAAGGGAGAGAUGCAGCAGUCCGCAUUCCUCAUCUCUUGUCAGAUCUGAAACGUCU